AGGGGCCCGGUCACCCAGCCGCCGCGAUGAGCUCGGCCAGGGAGUCCCAGGGCCACCACGGCCUCAAGCGAGCGGCCUCCCCCGAUCGUGUGCUCCCGCAGGGCUCCAGCAGCUGGGAGGCGGCGGACCUCGGCAACGAGGAGCGGAAGCAGAAGUUCCUGCGGCUGAUGGGCGCUGGGAAGAAAGAACAUACUGGCCGCCUUGUUAUCGGAGACCACAGAUCAACCUCUCACUUCAGGACAGGGGAAGAAGACAAGAAAAUGAAUGAAGAAUUGGAGUCUCAGUACCAACAAAGCAUGGACAGCACAAUGUCUGGACGAAACCGGCGCCAUUGUGGACUUGGUUUCAGUGAGGUAGAAGGUGAAGAACAAGAAGAGGCAGCUGGACACUCCUCUGAAGAGAGUUCAGAGGACUCCCAAAGUGGCUCUGAGUCGGAGCAAGAGGAGUCUGCAGAGGAGCUACAAGCUGCUGAAAAACAUGAUGAAGCUGAGGUUCCAGAAAACAAAAAAGAAGCAAAAAGCAACUAUAAAAUGAUGUUUGUUAAAGCCAGUGGUUCAUAACUGCAGAUGUAACAGCUUUGUAUUUAAAGUACAGUAAGCCUUAUUGUUACGGUGCAAAGUGGAGGACUGCUACAGCACAAAUCUUUGUAUUAUGAUUUUAAAAAGACCCUGUUAGAUGACAAAAAGUAGUAUUUGCUUUCCAUUGCCAUGGAUAACAUUUUUAUGGGCACAGUGAUAUUACUGGUUUUUGUAAAGUGUAUAAAAUACUGGAUGGAGAAAUAAAUUCUUUUUGUUCCUGCCCAAUCUCUACAAUGUUAUCUAAACUACCCCUCCCCUUAUUCCAUGCCAGAUAUGGAAACUUCAUGUUAGUGGUUUCUUUAGUUAGUACCCCAGUCUUGAAUUUUUAACUAUUAAGAUUACAUGUGAAUUACUGGAUGUUGCAUUAGUUGUAAAAUACCAGUAUCAGCACUAUUCUGUGAUGUACUAGAGCUUUAAACGACGAUUUUGUCUAUAGAUGCUAGUGUUGACAGGGCUAAGAGGAGAAAUCACUCGCUUUUGUGACAGUAUUAACCACUGUAUCCAUCUGAAGUCCUACAGCAGUUGCACGGGAGAUGGUGUUUUAGAAACACAUAAUACAACAGAAAGCUCUACUUGCUUCUUUGGCUUUAUAAUGAGGUGGAUAAGCUGUAGUUCUUCAUACCUUUCAGCAGAAAAGAGUGAUUUUUGAAUUAUUGGCUCCUGGUUAUAGCACUGAGCUGUUACUAAAAAUAACUCCUCCCGAAGAAACCAGUUUACUUUGAAAGAGAAAAUAUACUUUGAUAAUGAAAAGGGUAUACAAAUCAUUUAGCUUUUUAAAAUAUAGCAUACAGAGUUAAGUACACAAGCCCUUCUUCCUUUUCUCCCCAUACAUGCAUCACUCAGACGUCGAAGUCAAUUAUCACAAAAAGGUUGUACCUCUCAAGUAAGGUUGAUACGCUUAAAGAGUCAG